UGUACUACAGAACAGAAUGUCGACUUGAGCAGGGAUUCAGGGAAUGUCUUUUGCGUUUGCAUUAACAAUGCGCAGUCGACAUAACAUCUAUGCCUGUGCUGUCUUUGAGGUCAGAUGAACGGCUGCAUACGUAUUAUUGUAUAAUAAAGUACAUGUUGUAGCACAUCAGGAAUCAUCUUAUACAAUGCAGCACGUGGUUACUGCUCCAUGACAUUCACCUGAACUGUCAAAAUAAGUAGCCUAUUAGCGACCAUGAGCGUCCUCGCUAAUUGUUGUAAGAGUAGAAUAUGGGGAUAUAGUUGGACUCUGAAGUUGCGGCAUUGGGAAAAUGGACAUUUGGAGAAACUGCGGCGAGCAUCAAUUCACAUAAGUCAUGCAAAGAAACCAAAGUUGCCAUGUUCAGUUCAGAUAACCACUUGUUUACGGCAUGCACAUUUUAAGUCAGUCAUAAAUUCCAGAAGUUUUUCCACUACACGUUGCGCGUUUAAAAGCAAUAGAAACACGACAGAGCACUCCAACGCAGAAGAUGAAGAUGAAGGAGGUGACGAAGAUGUCAUCGGAGACAGCGAAGUUGACGAACUUUUUCACCAGUUUGUGCCAACAGCUAUUGGGGAUGGAGAUCAUAGAGUACUCAUAGUGCACCCUGACGUAAAGUGGGGGAGUAAAAAGCAGUAUCUGACCACAGCUGAGCUCCAAAUGGCAGAGGCAGUUGGUCUGGUCCAGACACUGCAAAACUGGACAGUGGUCAACAAGGUCAUCAUGUCUACUAAGACGCCAGAGAAAAGGAAGAUAUUUGGCAAAGGCAACUUUGAAACCCUUACAGAGAAAAUAAGGAAGACCCCAGGGAUCACCGCUGUGUUUGUGAAUGUAGAACGCCUGUCUCCAUCAGCUGAAAGGGAACUACAGGAGGCAUGGGGGGUGAAGGUCUUCGAUAGAUAUACAGUGGUGCUACAUAUUUUCCGCCGCAAUGCUCGCACCAAAGAAGCAAAACUUCAAAUCUCCCUGGCAGAAAUUCCACUUUUAAGGUCACGUAUAAAGAAUGAAGUGGCGAACCUCGACCAGCAAGGUGGAGGCUCAAGAUACAUCAUGGGCUCUGGUGAGACGGCCAUGGAGGUGCAGCAGAGGCUUCUGAAAGAGAGGGAGCUGAAGAUCCGAGCGACUCUGGAACAUCUGAGACGGAAAAGACACCUGCUCCGCUCACAGCGCAAAAACAAAGACUUCCCCACUGUGUCCGUCAUGGGCUAUACCAACUGUGGCAAAACCACUCUCAUCAAAGCCCUGACGGGCGACGCUGGCCUCCAGCCCAAAGACCAGCUCUUUGCCACCCUGGAUGUCACAGUUCACGCUGGGGAGUUGCCCAGUUACAUGACCGUCCUGUACGUUGAUACUAUUGGUUUCCUGUCCCAGCUUCCCCAUCAGCUCAUCGAUUCCUUCUCUGCUACUCUGGAGGAUGUGACACACUCGGACCUCAUUAUUCAUGUGCGAGACAUCAGCCACCCAGAGACAGCGUACCAGAAGGCGAACGUCUUGAACGUCCUUAAGAACUUGCAGAUCCCUGACAGACUCAUGAACACAAUCAUAGAGGUCCACAACAAGGUGGAUCUCAUCAGCGAGUAUGAGGCCACAGAACCUGACUGCUUGCCAAUUUCAGCACUGAAAGAACUCGGCUUGGAGGAUCUGAGACACAAGGUGGAGGAAGGAAUAAUGAAAUCCACCGGGAAACAAAUCCUGUCCCUCAAAGUGGACCUCAGCAGCCCUCAGCUGGGAUGGCUUUACAAAGAGGCCACUGUGCAGGAAGUGGAAGCUGGGGGAGACGACUGCAUGGCCACCGUCAAGGUCAUCAUCAGCGUCGCCGCAUAUGGUCGCUACAGGAAGCUGUUCCAGAACACUUGACAGCAGGACAGGCUGUCCUUGUCUCCUAGCUGCACCCAGACUGCUACUCUGCCCUGCUCUCAAACAGCUUCUAUCUGCCACUGAUACCUGCUGUGGUGGACUCCGGAAUCUUGUCAGCCAAAGAAAUGAGGAAGGAGACCGAAAUAGAAAAUGGACAUAA